AAUUACCGAUCUCUUUCUUUCAAUCCUUCACCAUGGGAAGCAUGAAGGUGCAUCAGUUGUCACGUGGAUUCUGGGAGCAUGAACCCUCUCUCACGCUUGGUUGCAAGCGUCUUCGCCCUCUUGCUCCCAAACUUGCCAACACAGAUAGUAUCACCUCUUUUGAUCUCAAGAGCUUCAUCAGACCUGAAAGUGGCCCUAGAAAACUUGGAUCCUCUGACGAGAAGAAAGAUUCACCUCAGGUGGAGACACACGCAGGAGGGACCCGAUGGAAUCCGACCCAAGAACAAAUAGGGAUACUGGAGAUGCUGUAUAGAGGCGGAAUGAGAACUCCAAAUGCCCAGCAAAUAGAACAAAUCACUGCACAGCUAGGCAGAUACGGCAAGAUUGAAGGAAAGAACGUAUUUUACUGGUUCCAAAACCACAAGGCCCGCGAAAGGCAAAAGCAGAAACGCAACAGUCUUGGGCGAAGCCAUAGUCCGAGAACCCCAGGCCCCAUCACCCCUAUAUCUUUGGAUACGAGGGAAGAAGUUGAGAGAGAUGAAGACAGUCCAUACAAGAGAAAGUGCAGAAGUUUGGCAUUUGAGUGCCUGGAAUUAGAAGAAAGCAGGUCAUGUAGAGAGGAAGGAGAUAGAACUCUGGAGCUUUUCCCAUUACACCCGGAAGGCAGAUGAAGGGGUUUUGAUAAAUUUCUAAUUCAUCAACUUUGUUUCAUUUGUGAUGAUGAUCUGCUUAAUGUGCUUUUCUUUCUUUAUUUCUUGCUUUGUUUCGAGAAAAAAAAGAAAGGCAAGAAAGAUGUCUCUUUGUACUCCAUUUCUGACUUGGACCUCACUCUUUAUUCGAUCUGUGGUGGGUGUGGGGAUGUCUGUGUGUUGUGCGAUUCCUCUGGGCUUUGACUAACAGAGAAACUUGUGAAGGCAAAGCUUUUAGGUUUAAAAAAAAGGGGAAGUAGCCUAUGGACACUGAAGUCCACGCAGCUACAAUUCUUAAUGUUAAGCAUACGUCCUUGAGAUUUCAAGUUUCAAAUGGGAAACGGAUGGUGUCUUCUUCUUCC